AUGGCAGAAAGUGUUCGUGUUAUUGUUCGAUGUAGACCUUUAAAUGAACGCGAAUUACAAUUGAAUUCAACGUGUGCGCUAAUUGAUGGCACAAACCCGCCCAAAUUGUUCACUUUCGAUAGUGUGUAUUAUUUGGACGCUACUGCUGAGCAAAUAUACAAUGAUAUUGUCUACCCUUUGGUUGAGAAUGUUAUAGAGGGCUAUAAUGGAACGGUGUUUGCUUAUGGACAGACCGGUUCUGGUAAAACCUAUUCAAUGCAGGGAGAUCCACAAGUGCCUGUACAAAGAGGGAUUAUUCCACGCGCUUUUGAACAUAUUUUCGAAUCUAUCGCUACUACAGAGCAUACUAAAUUCCUUGUCCAUGUUUCCUAUUUGGAGAUUUAUAAUGAAGAAAUUCGUGAUUUAUUGGGGGACAACAAAAAGAAAUUGGAAGUUAAAGGUGUUUAUAUAGCUGGAUUGGGAAUGCAUAUUUGCCAUAAUGUAGCAGAUUGUGAGAGUUUAAUGCAGACAGGGUUUAACAGUAGACAUGUUGGUGCAACUUUAAUGAACAAGGAUUCGAGCAGGUUUUUAAAAAAAUUUCUAAUGAAUAAAAAAUAUUUUGAGAAUAAUUUUACCUUUUUAAGGUCACAUUCAAUAUUUACAGUUUAUGUAGAGGCGCUCUCCAAAAGUGGACAUAUCCGAAUGGGAAAAUUAAAUUUGGUUGAUUUGGCUGGGAGCGAAAGACAGGCAAAGACGGGUGCUACCGGAGAACGUUUUAAAGAAGCAACAAAAAUCAACCUUUCACUUUCUGCUCUCGGAAACGUUAUUUCUGCUCUAGUUGAUGGCCGUUCUACACACAUUCCUUAUAGAGAUUCUAAACUUACUAGAUUACUUCAAGACUCCCUUGGAGGAAAUACAAAAACAGUAAUGAUUGCUUGUAUUUCUCCUUCAGAUAAUAAUUUUGAUGAAAGUUUAUCAACUUUGCGUUAUGCAAAUAGAGCAAAGAAUAUUCGGAAUAAACCGAGAAUUAAUGAAGAUCCAAAAGACGCUUUACUUAGAGAAUAUCAGGCAGAAAUUGAAAGGCUUAAAAGACUUGUUCAACAACCUCAAGAAAAACCAGUUGUUCAAGCUAACGAUGAAUUUGAAAGAGAAAGAAAUAAAUUGCGGGCAGAAUUUGAGAUUGCUAUGCGAGAGCUUCGUUCAAGCUAUGAAAAUGAACAGAAAAACAAGGAGAAAUUGCAAACUGAUUUGGCAAAACUUCGAAAAGAAUAUGAAAAGGCUAGUGAAGAAAUCGAACUGGCAAAAAGUAAAGAACAAAGUGCUGAAAGUGCCAAAAAACGAAUUAAACAAUUAGAACAACAAUUAGUUGGAGGAGAACAGGCAGGGAAUGAGGCACUUAAACAAAAACGUGUGAGAAAAAUUAAAGAAGCGGAAACAAAAAUGCAAAGACUUGCUGAAGCACUAGAAAUGCACAAAGACAAAGAAGAUCCUUUAUUACAUGUUUACCAAAAUACACAGGAAAAGUUGGAUGCUUUAGUUAAAGAAUACAAUAAAGAAAGGUUGAAAGUCCAGUCAAUGGAAAAAGAACUGGAAGACUUAUCAAAUGAAUUUGAGUUGGAUCGUUUAGAUUAUUUAGAAACAAUACGUAGACAAGAUCAACAAUUGAAACUUUUUCAGCAAAUACUUGAAAAUACUGGUAAGGGAAUAAAGAAAAUUUUGAAAAUUAUUUUUCUAAUUUUUAAAGCUGCCAUUCGAAAGGAAAGUAAUUAUGCGAAUUUGGAACGUGUAAAAAGAGAAGCUAUUUGGGACGAGGAAGGUGAAAGGUGGACAUUACCGGAGUUGAGUAUUCGGCAACAAGCACUGCCAAAUUCAGUAUCACCAGCUAUUUCAUCAGAAUUAAACGGUAGUGGAUCUGAUUCAAUAGCAUCAAAAUAUAGCGGCUCACCCAUAGAGGAUUCUGAAUCCAAAUUGAAAAAACGCCUCGAUGAAAGUAUGGAUAAUGAUUUUCCAAUAACUCGGCAGAACAUUCUUGACAAAUACAACCCUGAAAAACAUAAAAUGAUUGCAGAACAACGUAAAAACCAAAUGUUAGUUAAUGGAGUAGUUUACGCUGAUGCAAUUUAUGAUCAAUCCCAAAGGCAUAAAAAUGGAGGCACUUCUCAAAACAAUCCAUCGGCUAAUCGACCUAUUAGCGCUGCUCGGAAACCUCCACAAAGGCUUGAAGCAUUAAAUGUUUCUAGAAAUAAGUCAUUUCAUUAA